AUGGCGUCCCUAACUCCCCGCCUCCUCACUCGCAGCCUUCGCCAUAUACGCAGCACAGCUCGCCCUCUCUCCCUCUCCACCCAACAACAACAACAACAACAACAACAACAACAACAACAACAACAACGCCAUGCCUCGACCAGCAAGCACCCCACCAACUUCACACCCCCCUCACAAGCCGACCUCGACGAGCUCCGCGAAUCCGUAAUCGACUUUGCGCGGCGCGAGCUGCCCGAAUCCGUCGCCGCCAAAACCGACCUCGACAACGCCUUCCCCAACGAGCUAUGGCGGAAAUUUGGCGAAGCGGGCUUCCUAGGCGUCACCGCGGACGAGCAGUUUGGCGGCCUGGCCAUGGGCUACCAGGCGCACUGUGUGAUUAUGGAGGAGUUGUCGCGGGCGAGUGGGAGCAUUGGCUUGAGUUAUGCGGCGCAUUCGCAGUUGUGUGUGAAUCAGCUGAUGCUGAAUGGGAGUGCGGAGCAGAAGAGCAGGUAUUUGCCUGGCUUGAUUAGUGGGGACAAGGUUGGUGCGUUGGCGAUGAGUGAGCAUAGUGCGGGCAGUGAUGUGGUUAGUAUGAAGACUACGGCCAAGGAGGUGGAUGGUGGAUAUUUGUUGAAUGGGACCAAGAUGUGGAUUACGAAUGGCCCAGACGCCCACACAAUCGUCGUCUACGCCAAAACGCAACCCGACGCCGCUUCCAAAGGCAUCACCGCCUUCAUCGUCGACACCACCACCCCCGGCUUCAGCGUCACCAAGAAACUCGACAAACUCGGCAUGCGCGGCUCCAACACGGGCGAACUCGUCUUCGAAGACGUCUUUGUGCCGCGCGAAAACGUCCUCGGCCAGCUCAACCGCGGCGUCCGCGUCCUCAUGGAAGGCCUCGAUCUCGAGCGCCUCGUGCUCAGCGCCGGACCCCUCGGCCUCAUGCAAGCCGCGCUCGACAACGCACUGCCCUACACCCACCAGCGCAAGCAAUUCGGCAUCCCCAUUGCCCACAACCAGCUGGUCCAGGGCAAGCUCGCAGACAUGUACACCAAGUUGCGCGCCUCGCAGAGCUUCACGUAUGCGGUUGCCCGCGCGGUGGACGAGUCGUACCAGAGUCCCGAUGUGAAGACGCAGGAUUGCGCGGGCGCCAUCUUGUAUGCGGCUGAGAGGGCGAGCGAGGUUGCGGCAGAUGCGAUUCAGCUCAUGGGCGGCAUGGGCUAUAUGAAUGAGGUACCAGUGGGCAGGAUCCUGCGGGAUGCAAAGUUGUAUGAGAUUGGGGCUGGGACGAGUGAGGUGCGGCGCAUGGUGAUUGGCCGGGCGUUUAACAAGCAGUGGAAACAGGAUAUCUAG